UUGUACUGAGCUGACAACACGGGCAAUCGAAAGAGCAAACCCGGGGCAUAAAUGGAACCAGGCCCUGGAAGCGUUUGGUUGGGAGUCUCCCUUUGAUCAAGCCUUUCCUUUGGUCAAGUGGCUCUGUGAAAAUAAAGAAGAAUCUGAUCCAGAUGAAGGCCUCCUGGGAUGGAUGUCACCCGCCUACUCCUGGCCACCCUGCUGGUCUUCCUCUGCUUCUUCACUGCGUACAGCCACCUGCCACCUGAGGAGAAGCUCCGAGAUGACAGAAGCCUGAGAAGCAACUCCUCUGUGAACCUACUGGACUUCCCUUCUGUCUCUAUUGUGGCACUGAACAAGAAAUCCAAACAGAUCAGCAGAAAAGAAGCAGAAAAGAAGAGAUCUUCUAAGAAGGAGGCUUCGAUGAAGAAAGUGGCGCGGCCCCGGACCCCCCUCUCUGCGCCCUGCGUGGCCACCCGCGACAGCUGCAAGCCGCCUGCACCCGCCUGUUGCGACCCGUGCGCCUCCUGCCAGUGCCGCUUCUUCCGCAGCGCCUGCUCCUGCCGCGUGCUCAGCCUCAACUGCUGAGCGCGCCCUCUCCCGGCCGCGGGCGGGCAGGGCUUUGGGGACGCGGGGCGCUUUUCGGGCGGGUGAUCUCUAACUGGGCGGCUUCCCAGGACUGGGGGUGGGCGGAGGUUGCAGGAGGUGGGAGUUCAGGGAGACCUGGCUUGGGCUAAACUCGAAAUACAAUAUAUAUAGGCUGCU